AUGAAAUCGAAGCUUCAAAAUGGAAAUUAUUUUUUGAAUAAAGAUUUCGCCUUUUAUCAUAGACCAUAAAUACCUGUUACAAUCCAAUCAAAAUCAGCUCUUGAAAUUAAAUCAAUACCUUAGCCUUAGCCAACCAAUCUUCAAAAAAAACAAAAAACCAUUCACUAUUAUGAUCAAUACAAAUUUGAAUAAUAUACAUCUGCUAAAACUAAACUCUAUGAUUUAUUAAGCUUAAGAUAAAGUAAAUAUAAUUAAUCAUUCAAGCUAAUAGGACACCUAUUCAAAGAAGAAGAUAACCUGAAUCUUCUCUCAUAGUUAAAAGGAGUCCUGAGAUCUUUACAUCUAUUGUUGAAAUUAAUGAUAUUAAAUAAAAAGUCAAAACUGUCAGUCAAGAAUGUCCAAGAACUUAAUAAAAAAUUACAAUGGUUUAACAUUCAUCAUAAUUGGUGAGCACAUAAAAAAGAAAUCAUAAUCAUUCUAAAUCUACAAAUAACAAUAAUACCUCGACACCAAUACUUAAUAAAACAGUCUCUUAAUUUUAAUGCUUCACUCCUCUAACAAAUUAAAAAAACAAUGCUUAAUCAGAUCUCAUAUAAAGAAUCAAAUAACAAAAAUUAGAAAGUCUAAUCAAUCUUAUUAUUAAUAAUCAACUUAAUAAUAUUGUAAAUGGCUUUACACUCAUAAAAAAUACUGCCCCUCUAUUACCUUACUUUAAGGAAUUGGAAAGAAGAAAAGCAGAAUUUAAACAAAAAAAAUUUCAAAUUAAAUUAAUCAGAAUUAAAUGA